AUGAAUAUUCAAGCUAUCAUUUGCAGUUUUGUGCUGGGAAUUGGUCUUGUUCUUAUUUGUACCUCCACCAACACAGCCGACGAAGACUCGGAUUUCACCAAAACUACAUUCUUGGUACUUUUCAUAGUUGGAUGCGUUAUGACAUUAAUUGGAGGUCUUGGCUAUUUUUAUACAAUUUACGAAGUUUUACAAAGAGCUCAUAAGAAGUUCCGUGAGCGGCAAUUAAGGAAAUUGGAGCAACAAGUUGUUAGGAGGAGAACAGAGACAAUGGCUAGAACUCGAACGAUUGCGUUAACGAUGGAACGGGAAAAGGCAAUGUCAAUGAAUGGUGGAGGGCCUCCGGUGUGAUGAGCAGAAUAAUUGAAUAAAAAUUAAUGAUUUCAUGUAAUGAAUUUGAGUUUCA